AAACAUAAUGAUAAUUUAGCUGGUGUACGACACGCGCGUGCCAAGUUGGUAUAUAAUAUUACUCGUAAAUAUUAUUCGUCUGGACUUUCCGAUUUUCGUCGUCGUUGCGACUGCGGCUAAUCGCGAUAUAUUUUAGAACCUUCCACUCCAACUAUUACAGCGACGACGAUACCUAUAUUAUCGUGAUAAAUUAAUAAAACGACCGUAAUCGUAACUGCCAUUUUGAUCGCAAUCCACUGUAUCUAUUCAUACGGAGUACGCGACUAGUGCGAGUUUGCCGGUGGCCUAUAUAUAGGUAUAAUAUCCACUACGUGACAAUUACACGGUCUCGGUUGGUAAGUGGGCAGACUUGCGAAAACGACGACGGAGUAGGAGAAAUCUGUCGAAUGUUUAUUUCCAAGGUAAGCGCACUCGGCAGCUGCGACGGCGGCGGUCAUACGAACGCAAUUAAUAAUUCCAUUACCUAUACGAUUGUUAUCGAACGCCGGAGAACACCCGCCCGAUAAACCAAUUUACCCAUCUAAAUACGCCUUUGCGAGGAUCCCGCCGCUGCAGGUUGCCAGGUUUCGUAUGCUUUCCGCGAGUUCGUCGGUCCGUAAUAUACGACACGAAACGCAAUACGCCACUUGGACUUGGGUACGGGUCAAAACCCGAGAAGCCAAGUGGUAAGCGCUCAGGCAAGAAAGUUAAGUGAGCCCCGAGUGCAUCGUCGCAAGCAUAUCCCGCAGUGACAGAUGACGUUAACCGCGUGCACUAUGCGCUACGCAUACGGUAACGGUGUGUCGGUGCUCACUGCUCACUGCAGGCGGUCGAGCAAACACGUAUCGCCUGUUCGACCGUACAACGGGAGGCGUAGGAUAAAAAAUAACCAGAAACGAUAAAAAAAAAAAAAAUCGUAAUCCGCUAUGAGUACGACACGGUCACAAGAAACCGGGGCAGACACACGGUAAUGGAUCGCGCCGGCCGUGGCAGCACUGCGGCAAGCUUCGAACAACACAUUGUACUCUUCGGUACCGACCACCAGUUAUUAAACAUUUCGCCGCCGAACUCGUCGGUACGCCGAUUCACACGUCCCGACGUACGCCGUGCGCAAUCACCCACCGCCGCCGCCGCCGCCGCUCUUCACCGCCACGGCAACACUACCCCACUCCAACCGGCGCACCAGUGUGUCCCUCCAUCCCCACCGCCGCCGAACGCACUGGCUAAAAAUGGCGUCCGCCGCCGUCUGAUCGUCGUUGUCGCCGCCGCCACUGACGUCGCACCACGCAGCCUCAUUCAUGUUGCUUAUAAUGGCGACUAAAACUGAAGUUGAGAAUGAAACAAUUGAAAAACCACUUGAAAAUCAAGAUUUGAAUGCAGUUUGUACAAAUUUACAGUUUUGUGAUGAUACAAUUAAACUAUACCCAACAAGAAAACGAUGUGUCAGCACAUCAAUUCUUAUAAGCACAUCGCCAAAGAAAAAAAAAAAAGAAGAUCAAAAUAUAAUACCACCUAAAAAGUUUUUGCUUGGUGGUAGCAUGUCUGAUCCCCUCAAUUUAAAUAGUCUCCAGAAUGAAGAUAUUAAUAAGGCAAUGAAUAAAACUCCAAAAUCUUCUCCCCUACACUCAAAUACAGUGAACAUUAAAAAAGAUCAAGUGAAUGUUAUAAUUCCUCGAAAUUUAUCUGAUCCAUUGGAACUUAGCAAGUGCGAUGAAGCUAAAGCAAUUGCAUGUUCAGGCAUAGAUUUAUUACAACCAAAAACUCCACAAAAAUGUAAAUCUAAAAUACCGCUGUCAAAAUCUUUAUCUGAUACUGGUAUAAUUACUGAGAACACCCCAGAAAAGGAUUUUGAACCAGAAUGUAAUAAAGAAAAGAAAAGAGAGGUAGAAGAAGACAUUAUUUCUUUGCCACCUAACAAAAAGCUCAAAACUGAAUUGCUUGAAAACUGUAUGUCCGAGUCUGAAAAUAAUAAAGUAUCAUGUGAAAUAAUUGAAGUUAUAGAAACUAUCAUAGAUGUAUUAGUGCAAGACGUUCUAGUGUCAUUAGAUGAAUGUAAUAUUCCAAUUUCAAAAGCUCCUGUUGAAGUGGUUGUUGAAAAGAUACUCGAGCCAAGCAAAACACUGUCACCAUCUCCUGAAAAAAAAGUUGACGACGGUAAGGAAAUACAAGAGCAGCGCGAAAAAAUAAAGCCCAAAAGAUGUGUAGUAAGUCCGGUUGUUAUGCAGCCCUCAUUGUCAGAGAAACACAGCGUACAUCAGCCGGUCGUUGUUACGACAGCUAAACCAAAACAAAAGGUUAAUAAAAAGUUCAAAGACAAAAAUGCAUUGUUUAAAUAUGGAAAUUAUACGAGAUAUUACGGUUAUCGUAAUCCAGAUGAUGAAGACAAUAGACUGAAAGUCUUAGCUGAACGUACGGAUUUAUUUUAUGGCAAGGAUGUGUUGGACAUUGGUUGUAAUAUUGGUCAUGUUACUUUCAGCGUUGCCAGAGAUUUUGGUGCAAAGUCAGUUGUAGGAAUGGAUAUUGAUCGUAAACUAAUAAAUAUAGCACGCAAAAAUGUACAGUAUUACAUUAACGAUACAGCGCAGUCUUCCUCAUACCUUUCAUCAAAUUACCAUUUUAAAGAUUUUAAUUCAAGAAAUCGUAAUGAUUCAAACAGUGAUAUAAUCGAAUCAUUUCCUAUAUCAUUACCUAUGCUGUACGGUCCUAUUAAUUUAGCUGGCUUGACACUAUCUGGACGGUUUCCUUACAAUGUCUCUUUUGUGCAGGGAAAUUAUGUAUUAGAAUCUGAUCUUUUACUUUCAUUGGAAACGUGUAAGUUCGACGUUAUUCUCUGUUUAAGUAUUACCAAAUGGCUUCACUUGAACUGGGGUGAUGACGGUUUGAAACGAGCAUUUAAACGCAUGUUUGCACAGUUGCGACCUGGUGGAAUACUUGUGGUGGAGCCUCAGCCAUGGAAAUCUUAUGGUCGCAGGAAAACAUUGACGGAAACCAUUUGGCGAAAUUACAAAAACAUUCUGCUAAAACCUCCAAUGUUUACAGAUUAUCUGUUGAACGAAGUUGGUUUUGCCAACUGUGAAACUCUUACUAUGCCUCAUAAUCCAUCUAAAGGGUUUCAGCGCCCGCUCAAGUUGUAUAGAAAACCUAACAUAUUAGUAAAUAGAAACAAACCAAAGUGUACGAUAGUUCACCCAAAUGAAACCCAAAAAUUAUAAACAUGGUAUUGAAAUACUCACUGAAUUUCUUUAAGGCAAUUGUAGUCUUAAAUAUUUAUGUUAUUGUUCUUAGCACUGUAAUUUAACAACUGGACCACGUGUAUAUUGACUUUUAUUACCAAAUUGUUAUUUAAUAUUUUUUGUUUCUCAUAAUUUGAAUACAUAGUAUAAAUUUUAUUCAUUGUACAAUUUGUGAGAUGAAUAAAUAUUUUUUUAUUGUUGAAAAUAUAUUGACUUCAUUAUUUUA